AGCAAGUAUAUUCAGCUACGCUCCGAGCUGGUGCAACUGACCAUGUCAGUUGUUCAAUUUUUUUCAUUUUCGCUUUACCUCACGAUUGCUGCUUACGCAUUCGAAAUAGCAUCAAACUCGUACGAUAUCUCUCUCAACAUUAAGCAUGACAAACUCUGGUCGGAUGAAAAUAACGUUUACACUGUGGCACUGCUAAGCUGGCAGCUUUUUCAUGUGAUUGGAUUUGUCGCCUUAUUCGCCAUACCAGAUUCCACCGAGCAAGAGGCCAACCGAACGGGAAACAUUUUUCACGAAUUUUUGACUUUACGUACACCACGAAUCUGCGUUCACAAGUCAACUACGGAGUCGCUUGGAUUAUUUCAAAGGCCUUUAGUCAUUCAACUCUUCGGUGUACUGGACAUAAAAUUCUCGACCAUCUAUACGAUCAGCAGUCUCAUCUUUACAUCCAUUACGAUAAUGAUGCAGCUGGAUGAUCAAGACAGUGCAGAAGACAUUAUCCACUGAACCGACUGAUUGAGAAAAUCAUCGCGAGAUCCAUUUCUCUGGUGGACAUUGCUACGAGAUUCUGCACGAUUAAUUCGAUGUA